AUGACGUUCACGCUAUCGCCUCCAGCACCUCCCUCUGGCAGCAGCACGCACCCCGUGCCCCAGACCCUCGCUGGCAAGGUGGCCGUGGUAUCGGGCAGCAGCAGCGGCAUCGGGCUGGCGAUUGCGCACGAGCUGGCGUCUCGCGGCGCCCAUGUCGUGGCCAACUACCCGUUUGCAGCGCUGGCAGCAGCUGCGACAGCAGCAGUCGAGGCACUGCCGACACGGUCGCUGGCCGUGUGUGCGGACCUGAGCACGGUCGAGGGCCCGCAGAGGCUGGCCGAAGCAGCCGCGAGCGCGUUUGGCCGCAUCGACAUUCUCGUCAACAACGCGGCCCUGGCGGUCAACCUGCCGCUCGAAGAGCACACGCUCAAACACUGGGAUCAGCUGGUGAACCUCAAUGGACGUGGCACAUUUCUGCUGACUCAGCAGACACUUGGUCACCUGCCGGCCACCGGUGGCCGCAUCGUCAAUAUCUGCUCGGUCAGCUCGCGCGGCGCACCGCCACUGCAGACCAUCUACGCCGGCACCAAGGGCAUGGUCGACUCGUUCACGCGCUGCUGGGCCAAGGAGCUGCCGCCCCGGUACGGCUGCACCGUCAAUGCCGUCUCGCCCGGGCCCACCGCCACCGAGGGCUUCCUUGCCGCUGGCCAGGAGGCCAUGGCCAUCCUGCAGCCCACCAUCGAUGCCACUCCGGCCGGCAGACGCAUGGGCAAGCCCGAGGAGAUCGCCUAUGCCGUCGCCUUUCUCUGUGAGGAGCGUGCCGGCUGGGUCAAUGGACAGCACCUGUUUGUCAAUGGCGGCCUGUUUAUUGACUGA